CCACUCUCGACCCUCACGCGCAACACGACACCCCCCACACGCCAUGUCAACCGAGCACCUCCUCGGCGACGUGACAAUCAUCCUCGAUGCGCUCAUAGGGGUCGACAACAGCCCGCGACAGGAGGCCGAGGCACGACUCGGGACGCUCGUGGUCACCUCGCCAGCAGAGACGCUCCUCCUCCUCGCGCAGGUCGGCGCGCUCGGCGUCGGCGGCUUCCAGCUCGACGUGGGUUACUCCUCGAUGCCUCGUGCUAACCCUCAGCAACGCCUACUGUCGCUCAUCCUCCUACGCCGCCUCUCGUUCCAAGAGCACACCGGGCUCGCACUCAACCCCGCCGACCCCCACCCGACCGCGGCGUUCGAUGUCAUCCCCGAGCAGAUAAGGUCGCGCAUCGAGCGCGUGCUCGGCGCCGGGCUGGAAGACGAGAUGGACGUACGCCUGCGCAAGGGGCUCGGCGUGUGCGUGGGCGAGUGGGUCAAGGCUAGCAACCAGCGACAGCGGCCAUUCGUGUCGCUGCCAACAGUCGUCUUGACCCUCGCUGCGUCCCCACACCCGUUCCACCGCUUCACCCCGUUUCAGCUCCUCGACUCGUUCCCUGGGCUCUUGUCCGAUGAGAGCCUCGGGGAAGACACCAUCCCGGCCGACAAGGUCGCCGAGCUCCUUCUGGGAGGUAUCAAUGACCCUAGCGUGGACGUGUGUAUCGAGGCCCUCAAGGCAACGAAAGGCGUCCUGCAGUACGGCAUGAGCGCGGAGGAGAGGUCAAAGUUCGGUCCUGCUCUGGUCGAAGCAUCCUUUGACACCAUCACGCGACUGCCCCUCAAUGUUCUGGAGCAUGCUCUCGAGCCAAUGGUCGACAUCUCGGCUUCCUACCCCGACCUCUUCGGCUCAUCCCUGUUACUAUGGAUCCCGUUCCUGCUCAUGUGCAUCUCACCUCCAGAAACUCUCAUCGACUACCACUUCUCGCGAUACCCCACAAGAGAGCUGGAAUGGGAGGAGUGGUGCCAGAUGGGCAACAUGGCAUACGAGGUGCUGCUCGCGCUCAUCAUGGCGGACCCAGGAUCAGCCGUGACGUGGGAAGAUGGCCUUCUGAUCCGCGAUAUUAUCGGAUCCCUCAUUGGCAGGCAGAUUGCCGCUUUCAAUGGCGACACGUGCGAGGAUUGGCUACAGCAGGAGGACCUCGAUGAGGAGGACGAGACAUACCCAGCAUACCCAGAGGAGAUGCUUGAGAGGCUAUCGCACAUCAUGAAGGACGAUUCAGUGGUCAAGUCGGUGGCACACCACACCGAGAAGCUCCUCAAGCGGCAAGAAUGGCAAGCGCAAUACUGCGCUUUGAUGGCCAUCGCAAGCAUCUCGGAGGGGAGCGUGGAGCUCAUGAAGUCGGAGGUGAGGAGCAUUCUAGAGCUCGUCUCCCCAACUGCAUCGGCGACCCACCCUCGUGUUCGGUACGGCUUCCUCUUCUGCAUCGGGCAACUCUGCUCCAACCUCCAAGGUCUCAUGCAGACCGAGUACACGGACGCCGUACUCGACGUCGCCCACCGGUUACUGGACGACCCAAUUCCUCGUGUUCGCGAGGCUGCUGCUGCUGCCCUUGUGCACUUCUUCGAGGCCGAAACCCUCACGACGUUUGAAAGCAAACUCGAGUCUACACUAUCUGGCUUGAUCAUGGCGCUACAGCAUGGGCCUCUGUAUGUGCAAGAGCAAGCCCUUGCUGCUAUUGCAACGGUUGCAACGCACGCUGGCAAGGCCUACCUCCCCUACUACCGCAAGACUAUGGACUUGAACCUCAAGGUUUUGGCAUCCGACCACCCCGCGUCACAUCAGCGUCUCGUUGGCCGAAGCAUGCGGUGUGCAGUGUUGAUCGGCCAGGCUAUUGGCAAGGAGCACUUCUUCAAGGACGCCAUUCCAUUGUGCCAGGCGCUGCUGAAGAUCCAAAAUCAAAUUGUUUCUCCAGACGACAAGCGGAAGGCUUACGUUUCGGAGGCCUGGAUGAUUAUCGCCGGAGUCAUCGGUACCGACUUUGCGCCAUUCCUGCAGUUCAUCCUUCCACCAGUACUCCAUGCCGCCUCAUAUGUCCCCACGAGGACGGCGAACGGCACUGGCCUACUCGACGACGAGGACGAAGACUACGACAAGUCCAACUCGGAUGAGAUGCUGGAGAAGGAGGAGGCGUUCUCCCACCUCGCCGUCUACGUCCACGAGAUGCGCGCAGCAUUCGCCCCCUGGCUGUCACAGACCAUGAACAUCACGGUCGAGGCGAUCGCCAUGAACGGUUCCGAGGGGCUGCUGGAAGCUGCGUGCUAUCUGGUCCCUGGUCUGCUUCAGGUCGCGAAAGACGCCAAGAUCUGGAUCGUCGACCCAUCCAACCUUGAGGCGCUGUUCCGUACGAUUAUCAACGCGAUUCCCCACCAAUACGACGCGUCUGGUGUUGGCCAGCUUUACCAGUCGAUCGGCGACUCGCUGCGCGUGCUCGAGCUGCCACUCCCCCCCAAAAACACUGCCCACUUGUGCCGCGCGACGCUCCAGUGGCUCGGCGGCCUGUAUGAGCGGCGUCUGGAGCGCGCCGUCGAGGCACAACAGGAGUCGGAGAGAGGCGACUACUGGCUGUGGGAGGACGCAGAGCGGUACGAAGAGAAGGCCGAAAACGAAGCCCUGGUGUGCAUGGACCAGACAUUUGGCCGUGUCGUCAAGCACGACCAGUCGGUGUUAGCGUCGUGCACCGAGGUCAUGCUCCUCACGCGGCGGGUCAAGGCCGCAGCAUACAACUGGGACGAGGCGCCCAACGCCAACGACGUGCAGUAGUAGGGGUACACUCGUGGGCAGCAGCAGCAUAGCAUGGUUCUGUAGGAUAAUAGGC